GAAAAACAAAGAUGGAAGGCUGCUCGGUUUUUAAGAUUGAAGAAACCAGCAUUAAAGAAAUCCAUCAAGCAUUUGCUCAAGGCAAACUCACCGCAAGAGAACUAGUCGACUUUUACCUUCACCAAAUUGAAACCCUAAAUCCGCUGCUUCGCGGGAUUAUCGAGGUGAACCCGGAGGCCCAAAAUCUAGCUGAUGAGGCUGACAGACACAGAGUUAACAGUACUGAAACUGGAAGUUUUUUAGGGGAGUUACAUGGAAUCCCUGUACUUCUUAAGGAUACAUUUGGGACGAAGGAUAAGUUGAAUACUACUGCGGGUUCAUAUGCUCUGCUGGGAUCUCAAGUGCCGCGAGAUGCUGGAGUGGUGGAGAAAUUGAGAAAUGCAGGUGCUAUUAUUUUGGGAAAAGCAAGUAUGAGUGAAUGGUACAAGUUUCGUUCUCUCAGUGGAGUUCCUAAUGGAUGGUGUGCUCGAUCUGGACAAGGAGUGAAUCCUUAUUGCCCGUCUGGAUCACCAUGUGGAUCAAGUAGUGGCUGUGCAAUAUCGGUUGCUGCAAAUAUGGCAGCAGUCUCUCUUGGGACUGAAACUCACUGCUCCAUCAUCUGUCCAGCGGAUCAUAAUUCAGUUGUAGGGCUGAAACCUACUGUUGGGCUCACAAGUCGGGCUGGGAUCAUACCAAUGACGCCCCUCUGGGACACUGUUGGGCCUAUAUGCAGGAAUGUUACAGAUGCAGUUUACAUGCUUGAUGUAAUUGUUGGAUCAGAUCCAAGAGAUGAAGUCACCGCGGAAGCAGCUAAAUAUAUUCCUGAGGAUGGCUACAAACAGUUUCUCAUGGAAGAUGGUUUAAAAGGGAAGCGAAUAGGCAUUGUUAAACAUCCAUUUGUGGAAAUGAUACAUGGAGCUAUCGAAAAAUCAGCUUUUGAGCAUCACCUAGAUUUGUUAAGACAAGAAGGAGCAAUUCUGGUAGACAAACUGAGCAUACUACAUAUUGAAGAGAUCAUGGAUUCAAAUCACAGCGGUGAAGCGUUGGUGAUGAUGGUUGAAUUCAAGAGCUCGAUCAAUGCUUACCUGAAAGAGCUGAUCACUUCUCCUGUCAGGUCAUUGGCCGACAUUAUUGCUUUUAACGAACGCAACUCUGAGUUGGAAAAACUUGCUGAGUUUGACCAACAUACUUUUAUAGAAGCUGAGGAGAGAGACGGAUAUGGAGAAGAAGAGAAGAAAGUUGUGGAUAAGUUGAAGAACUUUUCACAAAAUGGAUUCGAGAAAAUGAUGAAGGAUCACAAGCUUGAUGCAAUGGUCGUGCCUGGUUCACGUGCCUCUCCUGUUUUUGCAAUAGGUGGCUACCCAGCAAUAACUGUUCCAGCCGGGUAUGAAAGUGAUGGCAUGCCAUUUGGCAUCUGUUUUGGAGGUUUGAAGGGUACUGAACCAAAGCUGAUUGAAAUUGCAUAUGCCUUUGAACAAUCUAGCAAAGUUCGACGACCUCCUUCUGUAAUUUAAUAUUGCUUUAGUCUGAAGAUUGAGUAUAUUUGGAAUGAAGAAAUCAAAAGAACGUUGCUUGCUGCUGAAUGUGGAGCUAUUCGUGCAAUGUUGAAUUAACGGAAUAGAAUGCUUUUAUUUUACAGCACAAUGCUAAAUCUCUUAGUUUUAGUCUAAACAGUUUCUUCAAGUUUGACCAUUUGAGCUAAAUUGUUUCCUUCCUUUUAUUCCCCCAAUUUUAGAUACAUUAUUUUUCACUUAA